GACUUUGUUGCUGUAGUGUUUCAAGAGAAUAUGACGUAUAGUGAAUAUGCAGAACAGCGUAUUGAUGACUUCAAAAAGUGCUUGAAUCAGUAUAUGCGUGAUAAUAAACCUAGGAAAUGCUCGGUGGAUGGAGAAAUCGUUGAUAAUGAUGAAGUUCCUGACGAGCCUCCGGUAGAAGAGAUGAAGAAAUGUGACGAGUUUGAAGAGAAACCGAAGUGUGAGUUGGAGCCACCUCCAGUGAUCACCAGAGACAUUUGCGAGAUAGAUAAAUGCUUGAGGGAUCUCGGUGAUUCUAUUCUCCAUAACUACUAUACGGCUAAGGAAGCUUGCGCUUAUUAUAAUCGAUUAGUAGAAGAAAAGAUGCGGGACUUCAAGAUAGAGGAUAUCAAAGAUUUGCAUUUUGCACUGAACGAACGCAUUGGGUUGGUACAAACAUCCAAUUGCAAUAUUUCAGAAGCUUCGCCAAAGAUGGCGGAUUUGACGCGUUACUUGGAGUGUGGUGUACAAGCCUCAAAGGAAGCCAUUGCCGAAACCAGAGGUUUAAUCGAUGAUUAUAAAGACAAGAUCGACGCCGCUCGAAUGCAGUACGAAUGGCAAUAUGACAAGUCGAUAGCACUAGAUGCCCAAUUCGCUAAGGUUCUUGUAUAAAUAAUUUUACCCAUCUUUUUAAAAAUAAUUUAAGUUACGUAUCGUUACUUAUAUAUAUUUACUGCCCUUAGAAUAUUAAACCAAACCACAGAAUACACCAAACUAAGUUAUUGUCGUAUCCUAUGCACUCAUCGGGAGAGUUAAAUGGAGCUUUAUGAGUCGCCUAAAUUUUGUCAUGUGAGCUCAUAUUUAUGAAUGCGACUAACAAUUUUGCCCAUUGCUUAAUAGAACCUAGUAUGCUGGAUAAUUGCCAUUUUAACUUCUGUAUGUGGGUAUUUUAUGCUAAAUAUCGUAUACCCGCUACAAAAUUCACCACAAACGCAUUCGGGAUUCAUACCACCUAAAGUGCCCACUUGCCUAAACCAUAAAGAUCAGAUCGUGCGUCAUACUGAAGUUUUAUCCAAUGUCGGUGGCAAAGAGACGAAGGAAUAUUGAGCAGAACCGUCAAGCAGAUCGUGAGUAAUAUUGACACUAGGCGUGACCAGCUGAAAGCCCGACCAAUUCACUACGCAGACGGAACGUUCAAUUGCGAGUAUUUUAUAUUUUAUACGCUCUAGCCACUAUCCAACAAUUGUUUUGUGUGAAAAUAAAAAACUAGUGUCCGCCAACAACAAUUAUAGACGCUCUCGGUCGGAAGUUUCGAAAAGAUACUUGACUUUUGAGUUUUUCUUAACUAUACUCCAUUCAUUAUAACAUUAGAAAAAGAGGUUUACAUAAGUAGCAGUGCAGAAUAUUUUAUUUUCAAAUUAAAUUAAUAGUUAAAAGUUAUAUAUAGAUAUAAUAGUUUUGUUGAAACUUGAAACGUUACGUAGUUUUAAAGAGCUGGGCAAUUUUCCAUUUUUACUAUAUCUAGGGUUUAACAUGACGCCAGCAUUUUCUGAAUUCAUUGAACCGAUAGCGUAUAGUUUUCGACUUUCAUAAGUGCUCUGUAAAAGCCUAAACUGAAUAAACAAUUUUGAUUU